GGUGUGAGUGACGUGUCCGGGGAGCGGGGCAGCCGCGGAGCCCCGCUGAGGAGCGGCCGGGCCCGGUGGGGCGGGGUCGGAAACCCGCAUCGGAGUUCGUGGAAGCGGCGGUGGUGGAAGAGAAGGAGGAGGGUUUUUUCAAUCUGCUAAAGGCACAGUGGAUACACUAGGAUGGACGCAGAGGAAUUCCCUCCCCCACCACCAGAAGUUCUAGAGCAUGAACCAAAAGCCACAGGUAUGAACGAUGAAGAGGAGGAUGAGGGAGAACAGUUUGACUUUGACAGUGGAGAUGAGAUACCAGAAGCAGACAGGCAAGCCCUUGUGCCACCUCCUCCUGAUCCUGGAAACAGCACAGAGCACCAAGAGGCUAAUGCCGUAGGGCCUGAUAAUUUUGAGAAGCCUGAGAAGCUGCAAGCAUCAGAACCUGCUGCAGAAGGGACUCCGGCCAAAGUAAAUCCCUACUCCAUCAUAAAUAUUUCACCAGUCCAAGACAAGGAUCCAUCCUCAUCACCAGAACCAAGUCCUCAAGAUGAAUGUUCAAACUUGUCCGGUGGAUAUUCUGUUCCUGUUCCCUGUGGCUAUGCUGUGCCAUCUAAUUUACCUUUGAUAGUGCCAGCAUACUCCAGUCCUGUCAUAAUACGCAGCAUUUCUGUAGAUGAAGAAGCAGGGACACAACCAGCAACUGAAGAAUGUCCUUGUAAUUCUGCAAACUUAGAGGAGCCUCAAAAUAGUGAAUGUAAUGAGGCCAAGAGAGAGGAUGAUGCUCUGGCCAAGUGGGUUGCAGAUCCUGCAAAUACAGCAUGGAUGGAAAACCCAGAUGAAGUAAUUUAUGAUGAUGUGCCAAGAGAAAAUUCAGAUUCUGAAACAGAGGAAAUGAUUUAUGAUGAUGUUGAAAAUGGUGAUGAUGGUGGAAACAGCUCACUGGAAUAUGGGUGGAGUUCAAGUGAGUUUGAAAGCUAUGAAGAGCAGAGUGAUUCUGAGGGUAAAAAUGGAAUUCCCAGCUCCUUUUUGCGAGGAAACCACAAGAGACAUCUUUCUCAUGACCUAACGCGUUUAAAGGAGCAUUAUGAAAAAAGGAUGAAAGAUUUGAUGGCAAACACUGUGGGACCAGUAGAGAUUCAGCAACUAAAGCAAAAACAUGAGCUGAAGAUGCAAAAGUUUAUGAGAGCUGCUAGAGAAGGUACCAAAGAUGGGCUUGAAAAGACAAAAGCAGCUGUGAAAAAGGGUCGUUCCUUCAUUAGAACAAAAUCUUUUAUUUCACAAGAUCAUAGAUCAUCAUGUCUGGAAGAAGAAGAGCUAAAUUUAUUUAUUGAUGUGGACUGUAUGCAUACAGAAGCAAUUAUGACUCCUAUGCCUGAAGGAUUAUCACAGCAGCAGGUUGUGAGAAGGUAUAUUUUGGGCUCUGUAGUUGACAGUGAGAAGAAUUACGUGGAUGCUCUCAAAAGAAUCUUGGAGCAAUAUGAAAAGCCCCUUUCAGAUAUGGAACCAAAAUUACUGAGUGAAAGAAAACUUAAGAUGGUCUUUUAUCGAAUUAAGGAAAUUCUUCAGUGCCAUUCCAUGUUUCAGAUUGCACUGGCGAGUCGUGUGUCUGAGUGGGACUCUGUUGAAAUGAUUGGAGAUGUCUUUGUUGCUUCAUUUUCAAAAUCUAUGGUAUUGGAUGCAUACAGUGAAUAUGUAAACAACUUCAGUACAGCAGUAGGGAUUCUCAAGAAAACGUGUGCCAACAAACCCGCCUUUUUAGACUUCUUAAAGCAGUGCCAGGAGUCAAGCCCUGAUCGAAUCACACUGUACAGCUUAAUGAUGAAACCUAUACAGCGCUUUCCACAGUUCAUUCUACUACUGCAGGAUAUGUUGAAGAAUACUAAUAAAGGACAUCCUGACAGACUACCUCUACAGAUGGCUCUUACAGAACUUGAAACACUGGCAGAGAAGUUAAAUGAAAGGAAAAGGGAUGCGGAUCAGCGCUGUGAAAUAAAGCAAAUAGCAAAAGCAAUGAACGAACGUUAUCUCAACAAGCUACUCAGCAAUGGAAACAGAUACCUCAUACGGACUGAUGAUAUGGUGGAGACAGUUUACAAUGACAAAGGAGAAAUCAUCAAAACCAAAGAACGACGAAUUUUCAUGUUAAAUGAUGUGCUGAUGUGUGCAACAGUAAAUAUUCGCUCUUCCUGUGACAGUAGUGGCACCGUGACAACUGGCCAGAGAUAUUUAUUGAAGUGGAGUGUGCCACUGGGACAAGUGGAAGUCAUAGAGUAUGGCAGCAGUGAGGGCCAAGGAGAAAACUGCAGGUUUCCACCCCAACACUCUGCUGAAAAUGUCAUCAUUAACUCCAAGCCAAACAAGCUCUAUAUGGGACCAGGGCAACUGUACCAUGAUCUGCAGAACCUUUUACAUGACUUGAAUGUAGUUGGUCAAAUUAGUCAAUUAAUAGGCAGCCUUAAAGGAAACUAUCAGAAUUUAAACCAAUCUGUAGCCCAUGACUGGACCUCAGGCUUACAAAAACUGAUUUUGAAAAAAGAAGAUGAAAUCAGAGCGGCAGAUCGCUGUAGAAUUCAGCUGCAACUCCCAGGAAAACAGGACAAGUCUGGGCGGCCCACUUUCUUUAUAGCUGUGUUCAAUACAUUUACUCCUGCCAUCAAACAGUCUUGGAUCAACAAUUUACAAAUGGCUAAACUGGCCCUUGCAGAGGAUAACCUGUUAGGUUGGUUCUGUGUAGAAGAUGAUGGGAAUCAAAUCAAAAAGGAGAAACAUCCUCUCCUGGUUAGGCACAUGCCAGUGAUGAUGGCCAAGCAACAGGAGUUCAAGAUUGAAUGUGCUGCUUAUAAUCCUGAACCAUACCUCUCUGGUGAAACAGAGUCAGAUUCCAGUGCCAUAGAACAUGGUUUUCUUUGGAUUGGAAGUUGUACUAAUCAGAUGGGCCAGAUUGCAAUAGUCUCAUUUCAAAGCUCCAGCCCCAAGGUUAUUGAGUGCUUCAAUGUGGAAUCACGGAUUCUCUGCAUGGUCUACAUACCAGAGGAGGAGAAACUGAAAGAGCAAAAUAAAGCUCUUGACUCUGAAAAUGUUCUUGCAAAAACUUCUAAUGUGCCUACUAUUUGCCUUGGCAUGGAGGAAGGAAGCAUUUCUAUUUACAAAAGUUGCCAAGGCUCAAAGAAAAUUCGACUUCAACACUUCUUCACUCCUGAAAAAUCAACUGUUAUGAGUUUAACAUAUAUGUCUCAAUACUUGUUUGCUGGCUUGGUAAAUGGAAACAUCUCAAUCUACACAAAAGCAGAAGAUGGGACGUGGAACACGGAACCUCUGAAGAUAGUUAAAUUGGGGGUUCUGCCUGUUAGAAGUCUGCUUGUGAUGGAGGAGACCAUUUGGGCUGCAUGCGGUGGACAAAUUUUUAUAAUCAGCACUGUGACACAUUCCAUAGAGACCCAUUUUGAAGCCCAUCAAGAGGAAGGGAUGGUAAUCUCUCACAUGGCUGUUGCUGGAGUGGGAAUCUGGAUUGCCUUCACAUCUGGAUCUACUCUUCGCCUGUUCCACACUGAGACACUGAAGCACCUCCAGGAUGUUAACAUUGCCACACCUGUUCACAAUAUGUUGCCAGGGCAGCAGCGAGUUUCAGUGAGCAGCCUCCUGGUGUGCCAUGGGUUGUUGCUGGUUGGAACAAACCUGGGUAUCAUUGUAGCAUUGCCAGUGCCACGCUUGCAGGGGAUUCCCAAAGUAACUGGAAGAGGAAUGGUGUCGUACCACGCACACAAUGGCCCAGUCAAGUUUCUUGUAAUGGCUACAUCUCUAAACAAGAAGAACAGAAACAAAGUGAGGCGCAGUCUGCCUCCUGGCUCAGAAGGUCAGGACGAUGACCAAAAGAAUAUUCUGCACAGUGAAAGACCAGGCUCUUCCCUCAGUAACACCCAUGACAAUGCAAUUUGGCUGGGGGGUUCAGUAGGAUCUAUUGCACAAAAAAGUGACUUAUCAUCAUCUUCUGGAUCCCUGACUUUGUCUCAUGGAUCGAGUUCCUUAGAACACAGGCCAGAGGAUAGUAACAUUUAUGAGCUUUUGAAAGAUCAAAAUAUUUCAUUUAAAAGUAAAAGACAGAAGUCCAAGAAGAUGAAAGCAAGUUCAGUAUUAGUUAUUUCUGGUGGCCAAGGACACAGAAGAGUGAACAAGAAGACCAAGCAGCAGCGACAAGAUGAAGUAGUGUCUUCAGUGAUGGUCUGGCAAAUCCCUCUAUUGAAUAUCUAACUGAACUGGAUCCAAGAUACUUUCUGCUAUUAAAAAUACUCUGAUACCCUUUUACAGCAAAUGCCAGCUUAGGAUCCAAAUGGAUGGAGUUUAAUACACCUGGGAGCAGUUUCAGUAGGCUUUGAUCACAGGAUUAAGGGUUGCAAGACUGAUUCUUCAAAUGCU